CUUUUUCCACUCAAUCAACACAGCCUAAUUGUCAAGACUGGAGAGACCAUCAGGUUUAGGUCUCAAGAGCAUAAAGAAUUGUAUGAUACUAGUUUGAACAACAAGGCUUUCAAGAUCAAUGCUAGAGUAAUUUUUAAGAAUGAUGGAAAAAAAGUUGACGUUGUGUGUGGAGAAGUAGCAAGAAAUGUUUUAAAUCGUAAAAUAAUGACAGACGAAGGUAAACUAAGCCACGAAACAAAAGACGCAGUUGAUUCAACACUGUCUCUAGUCAAAAAACCAGCACAAACGUUCAGCAUACAAAUCAAUGCCUGCAAUUGCCUAAUAGCUACACAGCAAAUGAUAAGAAAUGGUUUCAACUCUUGA